UCAACUGCCACCGUCCGCUUCCUCUCACGCCCCCAAGCCCAUUCUCUGUCUAGAUCUUUCGUCUCUCGUGUCGUUAGACCAUACCAAAGACGUACAUCUGCAAGCCACAGUUAUAGCACUAUGUCGACCCAGCAAUUCAAGCAGGCACCCCAUAAACUCUUGGUCAUCCCAGGCCCAAUCGAGGUUACAGACGAGGUCCUAUUCGCCAAUGCACACCCUUCCGUCUCGCACAUGGCCCCCGAGUUCGCAUCUGUCUUCGGCGAGGCUUUGCGCAUGACUAGGGACGUAGUAUUCUCGAAGACUGGUCAGCCUUUCCUGAUCUCUGGAUCCGGUACCCUUGGUUGGGACCAGGUUUCAGCGAACCUUGUGGAGGCAGGCGACGAUGUCCUCGUUCUCAACACCGGCUAUUUUGGAGAUAGCUUCGCAGAUUGCUUGCAAACCUACGGCGCAAAGGUCGACCAGAUCCGCGCUGAUUUUGGUACCACUGCAAGCCUAGUGGAGCUCGAAAAGGCCUUGCAAUCGAAGAAAUACAAGCUCGUCACUGUCACACAUGUCGACACGUCAACAGCUGUCCUUUCGGAUCCGAAAGCUGUAGCAGCGGUGGUGAAGAAAGUCUCGCCUGAUACCCUCGUGAUCUUGGACGCCGUGUGCGCCGUGGCCAGCGAAGAGAUCCGCAUGGAAGACUGGGGGAUCGAUGUGGUCAUGUCUGCAAGCCAGAAGGGUCUCGGUGCACCCCCCGGAUUGAGUGUCAUUAUUGCUAGCCAGCAAGCCAUGAAGGUGUUUGAAACCAGGUCGACCCCUGUUGCCUCUUUCUAUGCCAGCUGGAAAAGAUGGUUGCCCAUCAUGAAAGCCUAUGAAGGUGGCGGAGCCGCCUACUUCGCCACUCCGCCCGUCAACCUCAUCUUCGCCUUCCACCAAUCCCUCACCCAACUCCUCAAAUCCUCUCCUACGCUCGAAGAGAGGUUCGCCCGCCAUAAAGAAGUCAGCCAGCGUGUCAAAACUGCUGCGGCCGAGCUUGGCCUCAAGUCCGUCCCGGUCAAUGCGGCGGAGGCCGCUAAUGGCAUGACUGCUGUGUAUACCCCGCCCGGAGUGAAGUCCUCGGAGAUGAUCCCACUGUUCCUCAAGAAAGGUGUUGUCGUCGCCGGUGGUUUGGGUGCCCAGAAAGACGCGUACUUCCGCAUAGGGCACAUGGGCACGACGGUCGUGAACAGCGAAAGAGGCGAUAUCGACAAGAUCGUGAGCGUGAUGAAAGAAGUCGUCGAGGAGGUGACGAGCAAGAAGGCAUGACACAUUACUUAUUUCGUUUCCUUUUUCCUUUUUCUAUCACAACACAUCACAACGGAAGUGUCGGUUUUAAACCAGUUUGGCGGUAGGAGAGAGCUGUGUUGAAGUGUACUGAGUGUUGUAUCAUCACCCAUCGUUCAGGUUCAGCAUUCGAAGCUCUGAGAAAAUCGGUGUGGUACCGGUCGGUAUCACCAAUCAGCUCAUCAACAAGCAAGCGUUUGCGAUAUUCCUAAUAUUGUCUGACUAAGUCGCACAUCGAUGUAAAAGGUACCAUGAUAGAGCAAUGUGAAAAUAUC